CGACGGUGCCGUCCGUCAUGCGCGGGCUGGGCGUGACCGCGCGUGCCGGCGUUGCCGGGUAACGGCCGCCCCGGGCAAUGGCGGCGGGACCGCCCCGCGGUUGGUGCCUGGCGAUAUGAAGUCGUAGGAAUAGUCGGCAAAGCUGCUUAGGAUUGUUGAAAAUGCUGGGAGAGAAAAAGCAGUUAAUGGUGGCAAGAGACCUUUACACAGACCCCACGUUUCCGGCCAGUGAUACCUCUAUAUUUUUUGAUUAUUGUACCCCGCUCGCCCAAUUCAGAGGCGAAAUAUCUUGGUUGAGACCUAAGGACAUUUGUUCUUCUCCUCGGUUAUUUUCAAACAAUCUGGAGGAUGUGCAAGUAAAACAAGGAAUUUUGGGAGACUGUUGGUUCCUGUGUGCCUGUGUAGCUUUGCAGAAGAGCAAAUACUUACUGAACAAGGUAAUCCCUCCAGAUCAGCCCAGCUGGACAGAUGAGUCCUACCAAGGCUGCUUCACGUGCCGGGUCUGGCAGUUUGGCCACUGGGUAGAAGUGACCAUUGAUGAUCGCCUGCCUUGCCUUGGGGGCAAACUCUGUUUUUCUCAGUGUCAGACAGAGGAUUUGUUUUGGCUUCCACUACUGGAAAAAGCUUAUGCAAAAGUGCAUGGAUCUUAUGAGCAGUUGUGGGCAGGACAGGUGGCAGAUGCUUUGGUUGAUCUGACUGGAGGAAUUGCUGAAAGAUGGACCCUGAAAGACCCUGGAAAAAAUGUGGAGAAAGAGAAGACUGGCAUGGUUUUGGAGAAAGCAGUGUUUAGAAGAUUAAUGAAUCUAAAGGAACAGUGUGUAAUAAGCUGUUCAGUCCUCAACUCCAGACGAGGUGCAAGUGAACUAGGAGAAUUUCAUGCCUUUAUUGUGAUAGACACAUUGAAUCUCUCUGAACUGUCAGGCAAGGAAAUCUUCCUACUACGAAUACGAAAUCCUUGGGGGAGGCGGUGUUGGCAAGGGCCUUGGUGUGAGGGUGGUCAAGGAUGGAACCAGCUAGAUCCAGUAGUUGCUUCAGAACUCCUCUCACAGAUCCAAGAGGGAGAAUUCUGGGUAGAUGAAGAGGAAUUUUUCAGGGAAUUUGAUGAGAUUACCGUGGGCUUUCCAGUCAAUGAGGAAGGACAGCUUCAGAGUCUCUAUACAGAGAAAGUGCUGUAUCACUCACAGAAUCUUUUUGGAUCCUGGGUGAGAGGCCAGUCUGCAGGUGGCUGCCGUAACAACAGCAGCUUCCCUACCAACCCCAAGUUCUGGCUGAGGGUCUGUGAAUCGAGUGAGGUGUGCAUUGCUCUGCUGCAGAAACACAGGAAAUACAGCACUGACUGGGCUGGAAGGAUUCAAAAUCCAACUCGCUUAGCAGAGGAAAAUCCAUCUUUCACUGAGGGCAUUCAGAGAAAGCAUUACCAGGCUGUGGGAUUGCAUGUCUGGAAGGUGGAGAAGAAACGAUUUAACCUUCCAAAGACCCUCUCUGCUCCUCCAGUUGUAGGUACAGUCUGCCAUUCCUACGAUAGAGAAGUCCAUGUGUGCUGUGACCUUUCACCUGGCUUUUAUCUUAUUGUUCCCAGCACUUUUCUGAAAGAUGCAGUAGGGAAUUUUUUGCUUCGUGUAUUUUCAACAGGAAGGAUCUCUCUCAGUGAGCUAAAGCCACCACCCACGGAUGCUGCCCUCUGUGAAGAACUCCCAGCUGGUGAAUGGGAGACGGUGCAGCUGCAUGGAUGCUGGAAGAAUGGGCUAAAUGCUGGAGGUAGCAGGAACUUCCCCUCCUUCCAUACCAAUCCCUGCUUUCCCCUCUCCAUUCCUGCAGGACCAGGGAAAAGCAGUGUGAAAGUCACUCUCCGUCAGCACUGCCUGGAUAGCAAGUGUUGUCCAAUAGGUUUCCAUAUUUUCCAGGUGCCUAACAGCAGCUGGAAACCACAAACUACUUCUUUUGUACACUUGGAGCCACUGGUGAGCUGUGUUCCUCACUGCUAUUCCCAGGAAGUCAGCCGACUUUGCAGGCUUCCUGCAGGAAGUUAUGUCAUUAUACCUUCUACAUACUUGCCCGAUACAGAAGGCAAUUUUACAGUGGUCAUAGCAACCAAAAUAGACAGGAAGCGCAUUCACAGCCAGGAGACACUUGGACAAGUAUUACAAGAGGUUUCCUUUACAACUGUGAUGAAAAGGUGGAAUAUACCUCAAGAAUCAUCAAAAUACACUGGAGUAGAAAAAGUCCAAGCUCAUACCUGACACUGCCAGUCCUGUUGCUGAGCACUUUACCUUGAGCCCUCUAUGGAACCAAGCAGAUUGUGGGUUCAAAGGAAAGAUUAUUUUUGGUGAGUUUUUCUUUAAUGAAUGCCAGAAAUAAAAAGGACAAGACUUGAAAACCUUUGAACUGUCCUGUCAGACUGCUUUUGUAAAUCUGUAAGAACGUUUUAUGGAAGAACUGCCCUUGCUGCAAGAAAUGUGAAGUUUAAGAGUUGUUUCUUAAUUUAUGUUUGAAAGUAUUUCUUAUUCAAGCAGGAUUUUUAAAAUAUUAUAUUUUCCUCGAUAAAAAUAAAGUAACAUUGGAAGUUUUAAAAUGGCUUUUAUUAAAAAGGUGAAAAAUA